CUCUUUCUCUCUCUCUCUCCUCUGCAACUCUGCAGUGUUCAAAGUUCCAACAGUUGAAGAAAGAACACCAUUCUCACUCACAGAGUCACAGCGAGCAUGCGAAAACGAAGAAUCAGGUUUCAAUUCUUCUUCGCAUUUGCAAUCGGAGAACGCUGAGGAAAUUAGGGUUCAGAAAAUCAGAAUUCAAAGCAAGUUUUGGAAAGGAAAAUUGAAAAAAGACAUGGUUUCUAACUACGCUUAUGCCAGUUUCAUCUUCGUUGUUGUCUUCUUGGCAACUUCGAUUUCUCGGAUUUCUGCAGUUACUGAUUCCCCAGACGUGACUGCUCUCCAGGACCUAUACAGAACCUUGAACUACCCACUGGAGCUUCUUGGAUGGAAUGGUAGUGAUCCUUGUGUGGAGUCUUGGACAGGAGUAGCAUGUUCUGGGUCAUCAGUUAUACACCUCAAAAUUCAAGGAUUGAACCUCACUGGGUAUCUUGGAGGCUUGCUUCACAAUCUACAAAGCUUGAAGCAUUUGGAUGUCAGUUCUAACAACAUAGUUGGUGAGAUACCAUAUGGUUUGCCCCCCAAUGCCACACAUAUAAACAUGGCUUGCAACUAUUUGAGCCAAAAUAUCCCUCAUUCUUUACCAACCAUGAAGAAACUGAGACAUCUGAAUUUGAGCCACAAUUUCUUAUAUGGACCCAUUGGCAAUGUGUUCACUGGCUUAGAUAAUCUCAGGGAAAUGGACCUUUCAUACAAUAAAUUCACUGGAGAUCUACCAAGUUCAUUUGGUUCCUUGUCAAGUCUUGGUAGAUUGUUCCUGCAGAAUAACAGAUUUUCUGGAUCAGUCACCUACCUGGCUGAGCUUCCACUCAUAGAUUUGAACAUUCAAGAAAAUCUGUUUAGCGGCAUUAUUCCACAGCAUUUUCAGACCAUACCAAACUUAUGGAUUGGAGGGAAUAAGUUCUAUCCAUUGGCCGACUCUCCUCCCUGGGCAUUUCCAAUGGACAGUGUACCAACUGAGCAUAAUACUAGUCUCCCACCCACAACUCAAGCAAAUGCCAUCGAGAACUUUGUUCCUCUCAAAGUAAGAAAACACAAGAAGAACCGUAUGGGUCCUGGAGGAAUAGCUUUUAUGGUAGGUGGAGGAACAUUAUUGGUAACUGGAUUCGCCCUCUUCAUCGCAAUCCGUUUGAAUCAAUUACAGAAACUGAGGAACUUUGAAAGCAACCAUAGCUCAUCGCCGCCUCAUCCUGUCAGUGCAGCCAAAGAAGUCUCUUCUACUGCAUUAAAUGAGAGCCUGGAAAUCCCACCUUUCAAUGCUGCAUCCCUUUUGCAUCCAAGGCGCUUACCUUCCCAGAACCAUAAAAGAAUGGGGGAGGCUUCAAGAAGAAGUUUAUCCGAAAGAGACAGAAUCACCGGAAGGACAAAGAUUUACACCGUAGCUGAGGUUCAGUUGGUUACAAACAGCUUCAGUGAAGACAACCUUUUGGGAGAGGGAUCUCUUGGCCCCGUUUACAGAGCUGAAUUUCCACAUAACAAGAUGUUUGCUGUGAAGAAUGUCCACAUGGCGGGCUUGUCUCUCAGUGAAGAGGAAAAGUUCUUAGAUGUCGUUUGUGUUGCUUCCCGGCUGAAGCACCCAAACAUAGUUUCACUGAAAGGUUACUGCUUGGAGCACGGACAGCAUCUUCUUGUUUACGAUUAUGUCAGAAAUUUAACUCUGGAUGAUGCUCUACACAGUGCAGCAUACAAACCUUUAUCUGGGGGUCUCCGACUGCGAAUUGCUUUAGGUGUUGCUCAAGCUCUGAACUAUUUGCACUCCUCUUUCUCCCCUCCUGUCGCCCAUGGCAACUUGAAGGCUGCCAAUAUUCUACUGGACGAAAAUCUGAAGCCUCGUGUUUGUGACUCUGGCUUGGCUAUUUUGAAACCACUGACAAGCACUAAAGUUAAAAUUCGGGCUUCUGAGAUUGCUAUUACAGACACAGGCUACACUUCACCUGAUCAUGGCCAACGGGGAAUUUGCAGCACUAAGAGUGAUGUCUUUGCCUUCGGGGUGUUGCUUCUGGAAUUGUUAACUAGAAGAAAACCUUUCGAUAGUUCUAGGCCAAAGGAAGAGCAAAAUCUAGCAAAAUGGGCUUCAUCAAGGCUUCAUGAUAGCAACAGCUUGGAGCAUAUGGUGGAUCCGGCAAUUAAAAGGACAUUCUCAUCCAAAGCUCUUUCUCGUUUUGUUGAUAUCAUCUCCCUUUGCAUUCAGCCUGUAAAGGAAUUCCGACCUCCAAUGUCUGAAAUCGUGGACUCUCUUGUAUCAUUUUCACAAAAGCUCGACAUGUCAAAGAGUGGUGAAGCAGAUGGUGUUGAAUUUGAUACUACCACCUUCCCCUUUAUGCCAUCACCCACAUUGAGCUAUGUGUCUGCCUGAAAUGUACUAACUCGGUAAUAUAGAAGCUAUAUAGUCUGUGCAAACUGGUUGACAUUAACAUGCUAGAAAUUAAAGUCUAUUUUAGUUUUUUCCUGUAAGCCCGUCUCUAAUGAAGAACAAAAAAUGUUACUUUCUAAUGUAAAUUUUACGAGUGCUGGAGGAGUAUACUGACUAGAUAUAUCAAUGGCAUUAAUAUGAUUGCAUCCAUCUCCUGACAUUUCUUGUAAGUUUUUGUUUUUGUUUUUUCAAUUUCUGUAAGUUUCAAUAUGAAAUUCAAGACACUUUUCU